ACAAUAUUCACAUACCUCAUAGCCGUGAGGCAAAGGGAGGGUAAAUUUGAACCAGCAGUUUUGGUGCUGCUAAUUGAUUCCACAUUAGCCUAGCCUAGCACUGUGAGCACUCGGAGAGAUAUCAGUGCUACGCUUGAACUAAAGCAGCGUGAGGCUACAGGAGCAGACAAACUGACUGAGUGACUGACUGAAGCCGGCGGGACGAGACACAACCGAGCGACCACACUAACUCCAGAGCAGGAGAGGACAGGAACCUGAAACUGUAAAAAUGACAACCAAAAAGCCGCAGAGCAUUCUCCGGGAAGCCUCUCAUCAGAUCAUUGCCGGUGGUUCCGCUGGUCUGGUAGAGAUCUGCUUGAUGCACCCCCUCGAUGUGGUGAAGACAAGAUUCCAGAUCCAGAGGGGGAGCAGUGACCCCACCAGCUACAAGAGCCUAGGUGAUUGUUUCCGGACCAUCUUCCGCAAUGAAGGUGUCUUUGGCUUCUACAAGGGAAUUCUACCUCCAAUUCUGGCAGAGACACCAAAGAGAGCGGUCAAGUUUUUCACUUUUGAGCAAUACAAGAAGGCGCUGAAUUUGACCCCAUUGUCUCCUGGUGUGGCUCUGUCUGCAGCAGGGCUCGGCUCAGGCUUGACUGAGGCUAUUGUUGUCAAUCCAUUCGAAGUGGUGAAAGUCAGUCUCCAGGCCAACAGAGAUUCCUUCAAAGAGCAACCCUCCUCAUUUGCUCAAGCCAGACGCAUCAUUAAGUCGGACGGCUUUGGACUGAGGGGUCUGAAUAAAGGGUUAACGUCAACACUGGGACGCCAUGGAGUUUUCAACAUGAUCUACUUUGGCUUCUACUUCAAUGUCAAGGAUGCUAUUCCUACCAACCCGGACCCUACACUUGAGUUCCUGAGGAAGUUUGCUAUCGGUAUGGCAUCUGGGACCAUCUCCUCCUGUGUGAAUAUUCCCUUCGAUGUAGCCAAGAGCCGCAUCCAAGGACCCCAGCCUGUGCCAGGAGAGAUCAAGUACCGCACCUGCUUCCAGACCAUGGCCCUGGUCUACCGGGAGGAGGGGUAUUUGGCUCUAUACAAGGGGUUGGUGCCCAAGAUAAUGAGGCUUGGACCAGGUGGAGCAGUGAUGCUGCUGGUGUAUGAAUAUGUGUCUGGAUGGCUACAGAGAAACUGGUAACAAAAAAAAGAAAAGAAAACCCACAAGAGUGCCUUAUGGAUUGUGCCUCAAUGCUAAUGUCACAUCUGACCAAAUGAGUUCUUCUUAUGUAGUUAGUUUGUUUACCUGGAAUACACAAUAUUGCUAUUCAAAAUACCAAAUCAACAUUUCAAUUUAUCCUAGAAAGCAGCUUUCUAAGGGAAAACCCACAUCUUCAUCCAAGUCAGCUCCUUAGGAAUCAAAAACAGCUGUAAUAUUUUAAAACUGACAAAACACAUUUCUGUAUAAAACAAAAAAACAGGUUUUCAACGCUGGAUCAAUAGGUUUUAAAGGCCCUGAAAACCUAUUUUCUCAGUUGGCUUCUUACUAUGUGCAGUGGGCUCAUACAUGAGCACAAUAUUCUCUUCCAAAUUUAGAACAGUUGUGGUUAUCUCACAUGAUAGUGAGUGGGUUUGAAUGGGAGGUGCUCAGUUGGGGAAAAAAAUGAUGUCACAUUCUUCUCUGAACCAAUCAGAGUUCAGCAAUAUUUGAAAAUCUAAUGACAGUUGAGGUAACGUUUGCUUAUGUUGCCAGUAGAGCAAAGGCAUGUUUACAGGAUAAUCACAACAGAUCUUCUAGAAUAAAAACAUCUAGACCCACUAUAGAAAACUUUGGUAUAUAUGUAUGUAUCAUCAUUAUAUAGCUGCACUGUACAUGUACUGUCACUUGACAAAACUUGAGCACAAACUGAGUUCAGCCGCGCCUCUUAGACCAACCUGACCAGAGCUCUGCUGGAUACAGUGGAUCAUCCAAAGUCAAAGUCAAAUUUAACUAAUAUCUUAAAGUAAUGUCAUCAGCAACGAUACACAGUGACACACACGUGUCUAUACGCACAAACAGUCUGUAUAUACACAUCUUUAUAUACUUUUCGCGUACAUGAUUGCAAAUAUAUACUGUGAUCACAACCAUAGUACUGAGCUUUACUUUAAACAAACCAAACUGCCACAGUAGUGCCUGAUAAUUCUUAAUUACAAUUAGUGUGUAGAAGUGUGUGUAGAAUUUUUAUACAGUGAUGUUGAGGCCUGUUGCAGAGCUUUUUGCAUGACUGACAUUUUUAUGUACCUCCUAUAAAUUGGACUAGUAUGAAAUCUUUAUGUGUCAAGCUUUUAUUAGUAAGAACUGUGUUAAUUUGACUUUUUUUUUUUUAAAUUGCAUUUUAAAAUAUGAAAUAUAAAGUUACUUGCGUGUAUUGGUAACAAAUAAAGAGGGAUAAAAUGAAA